AUGGCUGCUUCUUCAGAUGCUCAUGGGCGUCAUAAGUGCGCGGCAUGCUUCCGGCAGUUCAACAGGAUGGAGCACCUGGUGGAGCACAUGCGGUCGGCGCGGCACUCGGCGCACGACCCCCGCUGCGCCGUCUGCGGCAAGCACUGUCGCUCCUUCGAGGCGCUCAGGGACCACCUCGGCGUCGGUGCCUCGUCGCUGCCCAAGGCCUUCCACUGCGCCACCGCCUUCGCCGCGCAAGGCUGCACGCUGUGCAUUGGCGUCUUCCCCACCGCCGCCGAGCUCAGAGCCCACCGCACCCGUUGCCAGUUCUCGCGCACUUCGACGAUUCACAUGUCCAGACUGCACAUCAGCACGCGGCACCACCAACCACCGCCGCAAGGAGGAGGCGCGCUCGCGCUGGGCUGCAAGAUGGUCGGCGCCGGGAGCGACGGUACCCUGGACGUGUGCGCGCGGGUAUGCGUUGUGGACGAGCGGGAGAACGUCCUGUUCGAGACCUUCGUCAAGCCCCUCAUCCCGGUGACGCACUACCGGUACGAGAUGACGGGGAUCCUGCCGGAGCACCUCCGCGACGGCAUGACGGUGAAGCAGGCGCAGCGGCGGGUGCAAGACCUUCUGCUCAACGGCGAACAACCGUGGAAGGUACGGACCAGCCGCGGCAGGGCCAGGGUGCUGGUCGGCCACGGCCUGGACCACGACCUCGAUGCGCUCGGCAUGGACUACCCGGCCUUCCUCAAGCGGGACACCGCCACGUACCCGCCGCUGAUGAAGACGAGCAAGCUCAGCAACUCGCUCAGGUUCCUCACGCAGACGUACCUCGGCUACGACAUCCAGACGGGGCACCAAGACCCCUACGAGGGCAGCUGCGUCGCGGCCAUGCGCCUUUACCGCAGGAUGCGCGCGCAGCCGCACCCCAAGGACGACGCCGACGCCGCCGGCGCGGACCAGGCGUUCCCGGCGUGGAGGCAGCGGGAGCUGGAGCGCAUGACUCCCGAGGAGCUCCUCCAGAUCUCCACGCCGGACUACUACUGCUGGUGCCUCGACGACUAAGCUGGCUAGCUCCAACAGAACCAGAGCGCAUCAUGCCGUGUCGCAUGAGUGCACGACGGCAUGGAUAUAGGAUUCUG